UCUAGCUAGAACAACAACAAGAACAAGUGAGUGGCUUUGAAUCAGCUACCCAUCAACUCUUCCUAGAUCUGGGGAUUUUCUUUUAGUUGUACUCCUGUGGGCUCGAUUAAUAGAUGAGUCUUCACAUCUAGCUCAAAAAUAAACAUCAAAAUCCUAUAAUGUUUCCUAUAUAUCUUCUUGUUCUUUUUCCUAAUUAAUGUUUGUUCAUCCACACAAAAUUUGACACAUUUCUUUCCCACUUUUAUCAUUUUCUUCCUUUCUAUUUCUCAACCUUUUCUGAUAAGAAAUGUAGCUUAUUUAAUUUCCUCAAAAAAAAAAAAAAGUUGAAAAAAUCACAAUCAACUUGAAUUUUCUUUAAUUUUUUUCAAAGAUGUUUUCAUCAGAUAAUAGUUCAUUACCUUUGUAUUAUAACCAGUCUCCGUCUUUUACUAGUAAUGAUAACCCUGAAAGCAACAACAUUUUCUUUCAACACUUUCAUCAUGAGAAAUUAUUGUCAACCAAUUAUCCUCCAAUUUCGGAUAAUUCCAUAGUCAAUUUAUCAUCUCAACCUUCAAUUAACCAACAAGAAACCAUAUUAUGCCCUACUAAUAACGUAACGAUGAAUCGAGUGUCGAGUUCUAAUAGGCCAGCCGGCAAGAAAGAUAGGCAUACCAAGAUAACUACUGCUCAAGGGGUAAGAGAUAGGAGGGUAAGAUUGUCAAUGAACAUAGCGCGCGAGUUCUUCAACCUUCAAGACAUGUUAGGAUUUGAUAAGGCUAGUAAAACCCUUGGAUGGCUCUUGGCUAAGUGUAAGGCCGACAUUGAUGAGGUAGCUAGUACUUCAAAUUUUAAGUUCAUUGAAACAUCAAUUGAAGAGACCAAGAAGAGAGAAACUAAUUACCUUAAAAAUGGUCGAAAUGUUGCAAAGGAGUCGAAGAGGAGGGAAGAAGCUAGGGAGCGAGCAAGGGAAAGAACACGGAACAAGAAGAUUGUUAAUAAUCAUCAUAUUAAUCAUGUUAAUCAUCCUCAAUCAUCUUAUAAUUAUUACAAUUAUGAGAUGAUAAACUCAAAGUAUGAUCAAGAGAGUUGUGGUUACUAUAAUGAUUAUGUCAAUCAGCCGCCUGGAUUCCCAGAUUUGAACAUCAUCAAUCUGUCAACAGAAGUUCAGAUAAAUUCAAGACCUUGGGAGACCUACAACAAUCAAAUCCUGCACUAGGUAUGUCAUGGCUUAAAAUGUUGGUGUUAUUUUCGUGUGUAAGAACUUCUGUACAUACUGCCUUGUUGUUAAAUCUUUGCUUGAAAUAUAUAUGCUUGUUUUCUAGGUCUUAAUUUGAAUUAUUUUCAGUAAUUUGCUUGGUUUUUUUUUGUUUUGUUAAUCUUGAAUUAAUAGCAGAUUAAUUAGCAUUGAUCUUUCUCUCACAUUGUAUUUUCAUGUACCUACCUUGUAAUAGUAUUGACAUUACAACAUCGAUUUUAUUGAUGUUUUAUGUAAUUGGGGUUUUUUCAACUUAAUCGAAUGAGUAUUAUUGAUAUUUUGUCAUUUUUUAACUCUAUUUUUUUGCCUUCACCUACUAAGUUCUCCAGGCCUGAUUAAUGCAUAUUACCUCCGUUUCGGAAAAUUCUUUACAGUUACUAUUUGCAUAGACUCCAAUGCAAUAUUUAACUUCGUACUAUUAAAUCCAUUUUCAUAUGUGAAAAAAGUAUAAAAAGUU